UGGUGGAGGGGCCCACAGGAGGACUGUCUCUCACUCUUCCCCAACCCCUGCUAUGGGCAGGGCCUGGCCAGGGUAUAAAUAGGACAGACCGCUGAGUUUUCCCCACUCUUCCUCUCUUCGCACCCUCUCUCCUCAUCUCGUGCUCCCUCUUGGCCUGAUCCUGACGGUCACCAUGGCAUGCCCCCUGGAGAAGGCUCUGGAUGUGAUGGUGUCCACCUUCCACAAGUACUCGGGCAAGGAGGGUGACAAGUUCAAGCUCAACAGGUCAGAGCUAAAGGAGCUGCUGACCCGGGAGCUGCCCAGCUUCUUGGGGAAAAGGACGGAUGAAGCUGCCUUCCAGAAGCUCAUGAGCAACUUGGACAGCAACAAGGACAACGAGGUGGACUUCCAGGAGUACUGUGUCUUCCUGUCCUGUGUCGCCAUGAUGUGCAAUGAGUUCUUUGAAGGGUUCCCCGAUAAGCAGCCCCGGAAGAAGUGAAGGCCCCCGUGUGUGUGGGGGGGGACCUUACCUGUUGGUAGAGGGCACAGGACCUCACCCUGACUCCACCAGAUGUGGGUGCGAUGUGGACCAAGUUCAAUAAAGAUUCUUGGAAGCUUU